UGUUUGAAAAAUACUUGGGAUGUAUAAAUUACACUGCCCGGACCACAAGCUUCCUGCUCCGCUCCAUGCUGAUGCGUCCACAGAUGGAUCCGUGUACGGCUUCGUUUUCCUCGUCUGAGCUGGCAUGCUCUGAAAAACUGUACGGCUCAAUAGCUCGGAUAUUGUUCGCCGUCUUUUGCGAAAUGCGUAUUGCACAGCUUGACAUCGCGAUAACGGUAAAUCUGCGAUUUAUUGUGCAGGCCUAGUUAAAAUCAUGAUUAAUAGACCACUGGGAACACUUUGAAAAAUAGAUCAAAAGAGGAUUGGACUGGGAAAAAAAUCAAUUCUGAGUCUGCUCUCUGACGUCCUCCAGAGGCCAAUGAGAAACUUAAAACCAGCUCGCUGCAAUAAAGACGCCUCAGAGGCAGAGUUGGAAGCUGUAGCAUGCUGACGUGAAGCCCCGCAUGUUCUAUGUUCUUGCACACAUUAUUGAACAUUAAGGUGAAAACUUCGUAGAGAUGCGUGAAUCCAAAAUCUACAUGUUCUCUUUUCACAGUGCUGUGUUGUCAGAUGGUCUUGAGACCAUGCCUGCCAUUGUCAACCUUCUCUUCAACGCGGUAUCCACCAACACCACCAUCUCCUUCAACGUGGUGCUGCCGUUGGUGAGCCUGGUCUCUCUGCUGGUGGGGGUGGGGGGCCACCUGCUGCUGUGGCUGGUGCUGAUGAAGAACCGCCGCAGUCGCUCCAAGCCCGGCUCCAUCCUGCUUCUCAACCUUAGCCUGGCGGAUCUGGGUGCCCUCCUCACCCUGCCCUGUGUGCUCCUGAGCGCUCGCUUCCAGAACUGGCAGCUCGGGGGGGCCACCUGUGUUCUCCUGGGAUUUAUGACGUCGGUGACUGUAGGAGUGGAGAUCUUCAGCCUAGCAGCGCUAUCGGUGCUGAGGUAUCGUAUCGUCGCACCCCGGAUGAGACCCCCUGCCAGUCUGACCCAAGUGCUGUGCACUGUAGUGGCCAUUUGGCUGGUGUCCCUAGCCAUGGCUUUACCAAAGGUCACCUAUAUCAACUUCAACGGGGGAUGCACUUGGGCGGUCGGCCGAGCGCAGUGGCUGUUCUUUCUGGUUCCCGCCUUGCUGAUUUACUACGUGGCCCCUCUGCUGUGCAUCGCCAUCAACUGUGGCCUCAUCAUCUCGCACCUCCACAGCUGCAGGAGAACGCUUGCUGCGGACAGACGCAACAAGAAAGCCACCGCUCUGCUCAUUGGGUCAACACUGGUUUUCGCCAUCAGCUGGUUACCAUACUAUGUGCUUGAGUUUGUCAACGUUUUAUCGCCUUAUGAGAGUUCAGCAGCUUCUCCAACCGUUAGAUCCGGGAUGGAGCUCGCCAUCACUCCACCUUUGUACUUGUCAGCAUCCUCGCUGGCACCCAACGAGCAAAGGUUGACGAGCGUCACCCUGCUGUGGGAGGUGGCGUCCUUAACGGCCAUUGUGUUGGUGUGCUUGGCACCGUGCUGGAGCCCCCCCCUGUACUUCUUGCUGUCGCGUCCCGCUGUGCGUCAGAUGAGGGCUCUCCUGCCAUCUUACAUUCGAGAACAGCUACAGAAAAAAACUGCCCCGCCCAGGCGUAUCACCCCAGCUCACCCUCCGUGCCUGCCAAUCUCGAACACUCAGUCACUCACCAAAUGAAGGCUGGCCCAGUAAAAGUCUCACAGCCAUGUUUUCCAUCCGAGGAGCUCUGGAAUGCACUGCACCCACUGCAUAUAUGCAUAGCUUGGCAACGGCAUGGUCAGCUGCCAGUAAGAAAACAAGUUUGCCAUUGACGAAGCGCAUUAAAGGCCAUAAAAACACCAUUACAAUGCCAGGGUCACUUAGAAACCUCAUGCUAGCAGUAGCCAGCUGGCAGGGGAGAGUGGGACACCGGAAAUGCAAAGAUAAUUGAAAAUACCCGACAAGAAGCUCACCUUUCAUAUUACAGUUCAAAAUGUGGUUUAACCCUUGUGCUAUCUUAUGGGGUCCAGAACACCCCACCCUUACAUUGACGUGUUCUGCC